CUUGCUUUUGUCCCACCACCAUCCACCUCGGGCGCAUCCAUCCGCCCUCCAUCCGCCCCGCCCCGCCGCAGCCACCCGCCCGCCGCACCCGUCACACCUGCUCCCAGCAUGGUCAAGGCACUCAAGUACCGCCUCAAGGCCGACCUCGUCGACAUGGCCACGCUGCUCGCCAUCGACGAGCCGGCAUCGCUGCGCCGCGACGACCUCGAAGAGCGCGUGCGCGCGCGCCUGCUCGAGCGCCGCACCGAGCUCGAGAACGACGACUACUGGAGCCCCAUCUACCAGACCAUCGACGCCGGCGAGCGCCGUGCGGCACGCGGCAGCAUGCGCCACAGCGUUGAGUCCGAGGAGUCUGACGCGCCGUCGCGCUCGCGCUCGCCGCGCAAGAGCGCCGGCAAGGCCGUCAACGGGCUUGCGACGCCGCUGCGCAAGACGGGAGACGCGCUCUCGACGAGUGCGUCGACGGUCGUGGCCGAGGCACAGAGCAUCUACCCGGCGCUGCAGGCGCGCGGCAAGCGCUCGCUCGAGUCGCUCGGCAACAUGUUCAAGGCCGGCGCCGCAGAGACGCGCGCCGAGGUCGCUGAUGUCGCGCACGAGGUCGAGGCGCGCGGCGAGGCCGUGGCACACGCUGUGAAGCGCCAGCAGCGCGCCGCCCUGCGCAAGACGCACAAGGCCUGGCGCGACGUCGGCCUGUACGCCAGCGACGCGCGCAACCUCACCACCGUGCUCGUCGGCCUCGAGUUCGCUGCGCUGCUCCUCUCCAUCAUCCCCACGCGCGACAUCUCGCUCGGCUCGUCGAGCGCGUUUGCGUCGAGCUGGAGCGUGCCCGUGCCGAGCCUCUGGGUCGUCUUCGUGCCGGCCUUCUGGCGCGUGCUGCUUAUCUGGGGCUUCUGGACCGUCGCCGUCCCGACGUUCCUCUCGCAGCUCAUCACCUUCGACCGGCGCCGCGCCCCGUCGAUCCAGACGUUUACGCUCGCGCGUCUCUUCCUCAUCCUCGCACUCGUGCGCCUCUCGCCGCACCUCGGCCUCGGCGCACGCCACCCGCCGUCCGUGCUGGGCGUCGCUGCGGGCCAGGUGCCGUUUGGCGCCGCCGCCGAGCACACGCUCACCGGCUGGCAGAAGGUCGUCAGCUACGACUGGGUCUCGGCCGCCGUGGGCCCCGACCUGCAGCUCAUCAACGCUGCCGCGGCUGCCAGCUUUGCCAUCUACGAGGCAAUCGCCGUGCGCCCGCGUGCCGGCUAAGGCUGCACGACUUGCUCUGCUCGGGCGCCGCGCACACGAGCAUGAGCUUUGCCCCUCUUCCAAAUGCGCAAGCCUGUGGUGUGCCUCUCAGCCUCCGCAUCGCUGCAUCCGAUACCUCGGCCCGUAGCUCCGUCCCCGUCCUUGUUCCUCAUCCCAUCUCUCAACCUUCUCUCGCGUGCCGCGCUUCUCCCUCUGGACGAUCGUACCUUAUCGGCCAGAUCUGCCCGUCUCCCUCCUCUCCUGUCCUCCUACUCGUCUCUGUGCCGCGCAUCUCCGGCUGCUGGCUCUGCAGAUCUGCUGUACUAUGUAGUGACUCGUCGCGCAAUUCAGACCCACGGCGUGCGGAGCCACCCGCUCGGCUGCCGCAACGCACGCAUGAGCGAGCGGUCAGCGCCCAGUCUCCCUCGUCAGGGCCUG